AACGGAAGGCGCAAUGGUUUGUAGGUUCGUGGAGUGCAGAAAGACAUGAUACAUUUGCAGCAAAGUGAACGCACGCUAUCUUGCAUACCUUCUAUACCGCGCACAACACCAGUAUUGACAGUUUUCCUGUUCAUUCCAGAGCAGCCUUGACGUAAAGUAGCUCGAUCCGCGCUAGCAGAGUUCCACCACCCCAACCGACAAUGCGUCUCCUCCAUUUUCGAAAUGGUGAACUAAACCUUACCAGCGACUAUAUCCACGAUCUUCCACCUUACGCAAUCUUGUCUCACACUUGGGGAAUCGAUGGCGAUGAAGUCACUUUCCAAGACUUGGUAAACAAUACUGGGGGUGACAAGCCCGGUUACCGGAAGAUCUUAUUCUGCGGGGAACAAGCCAAAUGCGAUGGCCUAGAAUACUUUUGGGUGGACACCUGCUGCAUCGACGGGGGAAGCUCUGUCGAGCUAACAGAGGCCAUCAAUUCUAUGUUUCGAUGGUAUCAAAAUGCGGCGUACUGUUAUGUCUACCUGUCAGAUGUUUCGACAGGAUCUGACCAAGCUUUGGACUCAUGGGAAACUCAGUUUUGGCAGAGCAGAUGGUUCACCAGAAUCUGGACGCUUCAGGAUCUUAUUGCACCACAGACUGUGAGAUUCUUCUCGGUAGAAGGCUAUCUUCUUGGUGAUAAACAGUCUCUGGAGCAAUUAAUCCAUGAUAUCACCGGUCUCCCGACCCGUAUCCUCCGAGGAUGUCAGCUAUCUGAGUUCAGCAUUGCGGAGCGAUGUUCAUGGGCCAAAAAUCGACGGGCAUCGCGUCCGGAGGAUAAAGCUUACUGUUUACUUGGUAUACUCGGAAUCUCUAUGGUGCUGCAAUAUGGCGAAGGCGAAGAGGGAGCAUUUCGAACGCUCAGAAGAGAGAUCAUGUUUCAUUAUAAUGUAGAUCUGGGUAAGUGCUAAAAUCUUCAGAUCUUUCUCAAGACUUGUAGAUCCCUUGCUACGCCCAAAAUCUCGUUAACUAUAAUUUAGGAAGGAAUUUCUAUAUUCCUGA